GAGGGAGGCGAAGUGUCCUGUUGCACUUACUUCAGCCUCAUUUUCUCUCUUCCUUCCCACCCUCUGCCUCGGUUGAGAUUUAUCUUAAUUAAGUGUUUUGCACUUUGGGAGCUUCAGCGCAUCCAGAGGGUUUAAAGCUGGAAGAGUCCUUAGAGAUCGUCUAGUCUAACCCCCUCAUUUGUCAAAUGAGGAAACUGAGGCCCGAGAGGAGAAGUGGUUUUGCCCGUUAAUUGAUGAUGACGUUAAGGGGCCUCAGUGUCAAUAAAGGGCAGAAGAGGGAGCCAUAAAGUAAAGAGUGCUUCUGUGUCAGAUGAGUGAGGAGGGCAUUCAGCAUUGCACUUCCACAUUCUCCUCUUAAAGACAUAACUUGGAUACAUGCCAAGCAUGAUAGUUAUGCAAACCCAUUGGCUAUUUCUGUCCUCCCUGAACUUGACUUAGGAUACCUGCAUUACAGUCUGGUGGGUAUAGUGCCCCAGUCAAAGUCCUCAGUCUUCACUGUGCGAGACAUCAGAAGUGAGAGCCUCUCAGGGCUUAACUCAUUGGAGAUCAUGAAAGACACCAGGUUGGCAGCACUGGAAACUGAAGUACUAAUUGUCCAUAGAACAGUCUGGUCACAAAUGAAGAACCUGUGGAAAUUUUAGUGUGUGUACCAAAACUAGCAUGAACACAUACGUAUAAGAUAAUGGCACAGCAAGCAAAUAUUAGUGAACUCCUCUCCAUGCUGGAUUCCUCAGCUCUGGGUGUGUUAGAUGACAUAACAACUGUCUUUAAAGAGAACCUCAAUUCUGACCGUGGUCCUAUGCUUGUAAACACAUUGGUGGAUUAUUAUCUGGAAACCAAUUCUCAGCAGGUGUUGCGCAUCCUGACUACAUUGCAAGAGCCUCAUGAUAAGCACCUCAUGGACAAAAUUAAUGAAUAUGUGGGUAAAGCUGCUACUCGUUUACCCGUCCUCUCCUUACUGGGGCAUGUCAUAAGACUGCAACCCCCAUGGAAGCAUAAGCUCUCCCAAGCGCCUCUCUUGCCUUCUUUGCUGAAGUGUCUCAAGACUGAUACAGAUGUAGUAAUACUUACAACAGGAGUUUUAGUCUUAAUAACCAUGCUGCCAAUGAUUCCACAGUCAGGCAAACAAUACCUUCAUGACUUCUUUGAUAUUUUUGGCCGUCUUUCAUCAUGGUGCCUGAAGAACCCAGGUCAUGUGACAGAAAUUUAUCUCGUCCAUCUUCAUGCCAGUGUUUAUGCUCUCUUUCAUCGCCUUUAUGGAAUGUACCCUUGCAACUUUGUCUCCUUUCUACGUUCUCACUAUAGUAUGAAGGAAAACUUGGAGACCUUUGAAGAAGUGGUAAAGCCAAUGAUGGAACAUGUUCGAAUUCAUCCAGAAUUAGUGACUGGAUCUAAGGACCAUGAACUGGACCCUCGCAGGUGGAAGAGAUUAGAAACUCAUGAUGUUGUAAUAGAAUGUGCCAAAAUUUCUCUGGACCCAACCGAAGCCUCAUACGAAGAUGGCUAUUCUGUGUCACAGCAGAUCUCAGCACGUGUUGACACACAGAAUAGUUAUGGGAAUGCUACUUCUACCCCUUAUUCCACUCCUCGGCUGGCGUUAUUAAACACGCCAGGGCAGCUACCUCAGGUUCUGAGUUCCACAACACGGCUGUCAACUGAGCCGUCACAAGCUACUAUAUGGAGCCCCUCUGCAGUCUGUGGUAUGACCACUCCUCCAACCUCACCUGGAAAUGUCCCACCUGAGUUGUCACACCCUUACAGCAAAGUCUUUGGUACAUCUGGUGGGAAAGGAACUCCUUUGGGAACACCAGCAACCUCCCCUCCUCCUCCAUGCCAUUCAGAUGACUACGUGCACAUUUCACCCCCUCAGGCUAUAGUCAUGCCCCCCAAGAAGGAGGACAGACUGGAUUCUGUGAGACCAUGUCUACACAGACAACACCACCUUUCUAAUGAUAGAGGAUUAGAAGAAACAUCUGACAGUAAGGGUUCUGUCACUUUAAGGGAUCUUCCACGGUUUUUAGUUGAUCUAGACUCUGAAGAAGAUAGUGUUGAGAAAGAUAAGGAAGAAGCUGCAAUAUCAAAGGAGCUUUCUGAGAUCACCACAGCAGAUGCUGAGCCUGUGGUGCCUCGAGGAGGAUUUGACUCCCCUUUCUAUCGAGACAGUCUCCCAUGUUCUCAGAGAAAGUCCCAUUCGACAUCUUCUAACACUCAAGGUCCCAGUGUGAGCACUGAACCUCUAACUUCCUCUGUGGACAAGCUUGGGCCUGACACACCAAAGCAAGCCUUUACACCCAUAGAUCGGCCCUGUGGGUGUGCCAGUGAAAGCCCUGCUGGUAACAGGGAAAACCAGACUUCAUUGGAGACAAACAUCUUCACACCUAGCCCUAAAAUUCCAUCUCAGAGAAAAGUAGGUUUUGGAAGCGGACAAUCUCCCCCGUAUGAUCACCUUUUUGAGGUGGCACUGCCAAAGACUGCUUACCAUUUUGUCAGCAAGAAGACUGAAGAGCUGUUAAAAAAAGUAAAAGGAAACACAGAGGAAGAUUAUAUGCCCUCCACUUCCCCAGUGGAGGUACUGGAUAGGCUGAUACAACAGGGAGCAGAUGCACAUACAAAAGAGCUGAACAAGUUGUCUUUGCCCAGUAAGUCUGUCGAUUGGACCCACUUUGGAGGCUCUCCACCCUCAGAUGAGAUUCAUACCCUUCGGAACCAAUUGCUGUUACUGCACAACCAGUUACUCUAUGAGCGCUUCAAAAGGCAGCAGCACGCUCUCCGGAACAGACGGCUCUUACGGAAGGUGAUCAAAGCCACAGCUCUGGAGGAGCACAACGCUGCUAUGAAAGAUCAGUUGAAGUUACAAGAGAAGGACAUCCAGAUGUGGAAGGCUAGCAUGCGGAAAGAACAGGCCAGAUACAAACAGCUCCAAGAGGAACGUGAGACUGUGGUGACCCAGCUCCACAGCCAGAUCAGACAGCUGCAACACGAUCGGGAGGAAUUCUAUAAUCAGAGCCAGGAAUUGCAGACAAAGCUGGAAGACUGCCGGAAUAUGAUUGCAGAUCUGAGGUUAGAAUUAAAGAAGGCCAAUAAUAAGGUGUGUCACAGAGAGUUGCUGCUCAGCCAAGUUUCUCAAAAGCUUUCAAACAGCGAAUCAGUCCAGCAGCAGAUGGAGUUCUUGAACAGGCAGCUGUUAGUUCUUGGGGAGGUCAAUGAGCUAUAUUUGGAGCAAUUGCAGAACAAGCAUGCAGACACUACACAGGAAGUGGAAAUGAUGAAGGCUUCUUAUCGAAAGGAACUAGAGAAAAAUAGAAGCCAUCUCCUUCAGCAGAAUCAGCGGCUUGAUACCUCCCAAAAAAGGAUUCUGGAACUAGAAUCUCAUCUGGCCAAAAAAGACCAUCUUCUAUUGGAACAGAAAAAAUACCUGGAGGAUGUCAAACUUCAGGCUAGAGGACAGCUACAGGCAGUAGAGAGCAGGUAUGAGGCUCAGAAAAGGAUUGCGCAGGCAUUUGAAUUAGAAAUCUUAGAUUUAUAUGGGAGACUGGAGAAGGAUGGCCUCCUGAAAAAACUUGAAGAAAAGACAGAAGCAGCUGAGGCAGCUGAGGAAAGGCUUGACUGUUGUAAUGAAGGUUGCCCUGAUUCACUGGUAGGGCACAAUGAAGAGGCCGCUGGCCGCAAUGGUGAAACUAAGACCCCCAAGUCUGGUAGCAGCCGGGGCAGUAGUGGCAGCAGAGGAGGUGGAGGUAGCAGCAGCAGCAGCAGUGAGCUUUCUACCCCCGAAAAGCCCCCAAACCAGAGAGUAGGGCCAUUCAGCAGUCGGUGGGAAACAACUUUAGAACCUUCCACCAGCAUCCCUGUGACUGUUGGCUCACUUCCCAGUUCAAAGAGCUUCCUAGCCAUAAAGGCUCGAGAGUUGUUUCGUAAUAAGAGUGAGAGCCAGUGCGAUGAAGAUGGCUUGACUAACAACAGCCUUUCUGAGACACUAAAGACUGAACUGUACAAAGAUCCAAGCACGGAAGCAAAGGCCCCUCUGGGCCUAGACAACCCUCACCCAUCUCCCAAAAACCAGGAAAGUGUUGGACAGCUUCAUAUCAUGGACUACAAUGAGAUUCAGCAUGAACCAAGUUAAAGGAUGAUGGUCAAUCAGUGUUAACUUUCAUAUUCUUGGCAUAGAAUGGGAGGCAUGAAUGCAAGUGUAAAAGCUUUCAUAUUUCCAGGCUGUGAGUAGCUAGCUCCUGCCAUGGAAAUAGGACUGAGCUCCUUUUGACAAAAGACUGAAUGCAGAACGGUGUUUGGAUCUGGCAUUGAAAUGCCUCUGACCUUUCUCUUGACUCUUACCUAAACCUCUCCUUUCUUUCCUAGCAGUGUGUGCUAACCCAAGGGCCAGUUUGCAUUCAUAAGUAUCUUUAUUUUCUUCCUCCUUUCCCCAAAUGGUUGCAUCCUAUAAACCUGUGCAAUAUGAGGCCAAAUUUAAUCUUUGAAUCUAACGCACACAACUUUCUGCUUUACUGAGGCUCAAGUAGCUUGCCCAGCUUUCAGUGCAGACCAGUUAAUUGGUGGUGGUACAGGUAAGUCUGGUUUUUUUUCAUUUCGAGGAUGCAGUUUACAGAGCCAGUUGCCUUCAGGUGAAGGCUUCUAAAUGCAUAUUUUUUUUCUCCCUGCUUUCUGGUUCUGAAGUUCAGCACCCAAAGCAGUGGAUCAAGAAAAAAAGUGGUGUGUUAUUCACCUUUAUGUUCUUUGGAGGCUCUGAUAAUGCUUCCUAGAAAGUUUGGUGUGAACACACUCUUUGGCCAUUUCAAAGAACUGGAGCUGGAGCUGUGGGGUUUGGUGAAGCACCAUCCCUCCUUCCCCUCUACCUCUUAUUUAUUUGGUGUUGGCUGAAAAGCUGGUACUCUUCUGACUACAACUGGGGGGUGUGUGCAGGUGAUGAAACCCAAACUCUGGGGAGGGAAAGAAUGGAGACUGGAAAUUUACCCAAGGAACCCUUGUGGAAUAGUUAAUGUGUUCCCAGGCAAAUCUUGGGCUGGCUGAACCUUUUUCCUUCAGUUUUUUAUCAGUUUCUUUUUGUGAUUCCCCCCUUGUUCAUCUCAGUAUCUAAUACUGCACCAGAAAUGAUCAGAAGUUCCAAAGAAAUCUCAAUGUCGUUUGUUAUGUAGCUGUGGGACCAUCUUUUCUUAGGUCUGGCCUCAGUAUGGCUUAGGCCAACAUAGCUGCAGGUUUUUCCAUACUAAUUCUAACUUAGUAUGUUAAGUACUUGGUUUGCAGGUAAGAUGGAACUAUUGAAUUCCAAGUUUCAGUGAUGACGGGUUUUGAGGGAAAAUCUGUGAAGUCGUAAGCAAUCCGGAUCAACACGGGUCCCAUUUGGGUGAUCAGACACAUGUGGACAAGGGAUGACUGUGUACUUCAGAAAACUGCCAGGGGAGAGUGGCAGAAAACCCAGCUCUGCCAAAGCCUUGAAAAUGUUAGAAACCUAAGAAAUGCUUCAGUUGGAAUAUUAGGUAGCAGAUGAAGACUGGAAUUACUAGUAAUGUUUUGAAGCCUAGAGGAUGACGCAUGGGCUACAGACAAUUAUAAAAAGAAUAGAGGUGUAGGGGAAGCCAGGGGAAGGUGAAGAUUCUUAAAUCUUACUGACCAAGGAAAUACAGGAAACUCCAUGCUUUAAAAAUAAUAAAAAUAAGUGGUAAUAAGACUUAACUCUAGUAUCCCUUCCCAUGUUGAGACUGAGCAGGAAAUGACUACACUAGAAUUGACAAAAUUAGGCUGGCUAAUAAUGUGGGGACUUCUGAUAUCCACACCUAAUUUGGUUGCAUGUUUCAUCAGGACGAGAUGUGGAGGUAAGGGGUUUUUGUUGUUGUUGUUGUUUGUGGGUGUGUGUUUGGUUUUUUUAAUGAGUUGACUUAGAAAGUACUUUAGAGUACUAGGCUGAAACUUGUCUAAGAUUUAUUCAUGGGCAAUCCAGUGUUUCAGUAACUAUCACAACACACUUAGUUUGAUCUUUCUGGUUGGAAAAGGAAAGCCCCAAACUUUUAAUAAGAAAUCCAUCAUUUUUAGGAGAGGCAACAAAGACAAAAUACCGUUUCUAACUGAAAAGUUAUGGUAACCCUAGAAACUUCUUAAACAUACCCUCUACAAAGCCCAGCAAAAACAUGUGCUACAAGUUGAAAAAUACUAGGUACUUGAACAAAAGCCCUGUAUGACUAACAAGUGAAUUAAAGAAGGCCUUUGGAAGGAGAAAAAAAAAAGAGUUUUAUCUUUGUAGUUUUAUAUACAUACACACACACACACACACACACACACACACACACACACACACAUCUGGAGAGAUUGUACGAAUGCUCAUUUUUAAACGGAGGUAAUCUGGUAUAAGCAUUGGACUGGGAGUCAGAACAGUUCUAAUCCCAGCUCUGCCUGUGACAGUGGCUAGGUAACUUCCUCUUUCUGAGCUUCAGUUUCUAUAAAAUAAGGAAGGCUGGGUUAAAUAACUUAGAAGGUCCCAUUCAGGUCAGAUAUCUGUAAUUACAUAAAACUUUAAGUCUACAGUGGAUGAAGAUCAAAUAUAAAAUAGGCUAAAAAAAAAAGCAUUCAUUCUGCAUAUACUUUUUGAAGGAGUUAAAAGCCAAUAGUGCAAUUCUUUAAUUACAUGGUUAAGCUAGAAAGUCAGUGGGAACACUGGAUCACAGUACAGAAAGUUCUUCAGGGGAUAAGGAUGUAGAAGAGAGGCUCUCCAUUCCUGAAUUCUCUUGAAGUAAAUGGGUCAGAAUUAUUUGAACAGAUAAUGGCACAAGCACAAGGUGUCCUAGACCAAUACCAAAUUAAGUAUAAAUAAAUCACAGAUUGAGUGGAAUCUUGUAAAGAAUCAAAGCAUUAUCAACAAAGUAAAUGGUGAAAAUUAAGGAACUCUUAGGCCAGAUGUGCAACUAGUUAGAAAUAUUGACCAGAUCAUAGAACUACUAGAUUAUCACUGAUUCCCAUUCCUUGGGGAGACUUUGAACUCUAGAUGGGUGAGUCUGGUGCCCAUCAAGCUGGUAGAGUCAGUUAUAAAGGUUAGUAACAAGAACAUAAGCAGAAUACUGUGGACCUUUGAGGGGCAGAGUUGGAAGGAAGGGAAAUGAUAUGAUAACAAUCAUGCCUGAAUCUGCUCAAAUUUGAAGGUGUAAAUUUUAGGCUUUCCCAAGAGGGUUGACAAAGGUCUUAUCAGAAAGUUGAAAAUUGAGUUACUCUUGGAUUAGGAAGAAUGUUUGCCCAUGGAUGGGGAGCUUUCUUAGAGACGUGAACCAAAAUGUGUAGGAUAAUGGUCAUUUCUGUGGAUAGGAUAGUAACAGGAUUCCUAGAAGCAAUCAUUUAACAUUUUUACAAAUGAAAUAUCAAAGGUUGGUGGGUGACACUCGGCUUCUGUGGAUAGUGGAAUAACAAGCCUGUGGGGAUGUGCUUCAGGAAAAUUUCGUGAGGUCUAACUGGGGAAAAAAGAUGACAGAUGAACUUCAGUGUGAGCAAGUGUCAAUGAUGUACAUGCUCCAAAUCAUAUUUUAAAAGAUGAACUGUUAACAUCUAAGAAAGAUCUGAGAAUUAUUACCUCUUUUUUGAGAACAUUGUUGCUAUAGCUUGAAAAGUCAGAAGAGUAGAAACAAACUUUAUUAGGAAGGGAAUCGAAAACACAAAACAUCCAAACCAUGACUCAUCUGCAUAUGUAAUAUAUGCAAUUUGAUUUGCUUAGGAAGAAUAAAGCCAGAGACUAGGCAACAGGGUGACAAGAACAAGGCAGGCCAAUGAUGGGAGUUUUUGUGAGGACAGAGAAAAAUGAAAAAUAAAAUUUGUCAAGAAAGGCUGAGUGGAUAUGGUCAAAAUUUGUAAAAUUAUGGAAAGAAUUACUAAAGGAAAAGGUGACCUUUUCUACCAAAUCUUGGAAAACUAUAACUAGAGGUACCCUUUUGAAGCUAGAAAGAUAUAAUUUUAGGAAAUCUUAAGUACCCCUUGAUAGUGGCUAGCCAAUUUUUGGAACAUGAUAAUAAGGUGGUUUGGAGGUAAAAAGUACAGGUUCAAGAAAGAUUAACAUUAAUUUAUGAAAGUUUGAUCCAUAAUAGGUUAUUAAGAGAAACUAGGGCUGAGGCAUGUCCCUAGUCUUUUGAAGUUGCUUCAGCAAGAAUAACCAUGUUUCUCACAAUGGCCUUUGGUUGUCAAUAUCAGACAAAAUACUGGGCUGAGUGGAUCAUUAUUGAUCUGACCAAGGAUGGUAUGUUUCAAAUAGUUGAUGGAGAAAUGAGUGUUUUGGACAAUUUAGCCUGUUGCAUUCUUUACUCUUCGUGGUAUGUACUUUAUAGUUGCCCCAUAAUGAGUGUUUGAAAUUGUAUCUUGUCCAAAGCUCUGUGUGUGUGUGCGCAUGUGUGUGUGUACAUCUUUUUGUAAGUUUUCAGAAUAGCCUCUCUUGCAAAUUAAUUGGACCUAUCUAAGCUUUUAUCAGGAAUUUUGUCCAGCUGAAUAAGGGAUGGGUUUAUAUAAGGGAAUUGGCCCCUGUGUUGCUGCUGUGUGCCCUUGUCUUAUAUUUGGUUCCAGAAUCCAUUGUCUAGCUACAUGUAUGCUUAAUGAAAACGUAACAGUUCAGUUUUCUAAAACAAUCCUGCAAUCUAUAUGUGCUAAUAAUAUAAAGGGGGAAAGUGAACUCUGAUUUGUUCACAAAAUUAAACUGGCACCACUGUAAAUGGGCAGUGCUGUCUACCUAACAUGACUUUACUACCCUGAGAUGAGGUGAUGAAGGUAGAGUGUCUUUCUUUGUCCCUUCUUUCCCCAUUGCUCAGUGGAUAAUAGAUAAAUGUAACUUUACCACAAAAAUUAUCCUUGAGUAAACAGACUAGCUUACCUACUGAACUAGAUCUCCUUUCAGAGGAUACCUUUGGGAAUUUGAAACCUGUAGGCUGAAUCCAGGUGCCAUGUUUGGAGAGGAGGGGGGGGGAGUGUUCUUUAUAGCAGAAUCAUAUGCUGUUGAUUCCAAUAUGGGUUUACCCAGGAGCACCAGGUGUUUUACACUAGGAAGAAUUGGGAAUCACUUUAGAAAGACUUUGUGUUUCUAUGGACCAUGAAGAUUAUGGAGGAACAGAUUUUUUGCUAAAGACAUAAUCUAGUUUUGUAAACCUCAACCACAGAACUUCAGAAUAAUGGAGUGAGCUUGCAGUUUAAAGGGAUCCUUUGGCAAAGUGGCAACACUUUUUUUUUUUAACUGCUUUUAGUUCAAAUCUAAAAAUGUCAUCUUUUGUCAAAAAGGUUCAAUCCGUUCCCUGCCUCACGCUUGUAAGCAUGUCAAAAACAAUCCACGGUAAAUGCCAUAAAUAUGAACUGCAAGGGAAAAUGGUACAAUCUUAGUGAAUGAGAAUUGGAAUCAAAAGGUUUUGCUGUCCUUAUUAGAAUGUUCUAAAAAUGUCAAGGCAGUUGCUUAUGUCUAACUGUGAACAAAUAAAAAUUUAUUGUUUUGCACUAUUUUCCUGUGUUAAACUGAGAUGGGGGAUGUGUGCUAGCCUCUGAGCAUGUGAGCGCAAAGGUUAUGGUUUUUAAAUAAUAAAAAACAGGGUUUUAAUUCUCUUUAAUAUACGAAAUCCUUUUCAGUUUUAACUAACUUAACCAAUCUAGAUAUUUGAAAACUUGGCUAGGGACAGUAUGUUACCAAGUCCAAGAUUUGGGGUUUGCUUGCUAAUACUUAACUUGAUAAGUGUUUCUUUUAAUUGAAUCUAUAGCAGAAAGACUGAUAUGUACCUGGAUCAUACCUUGUGGUUAUGACUAAAAAGGGACCAGACAAGAAUGGAUAACUUGGUGUAAACAGUAUCAACAAUAGACAACUAGCUGUAAACAGUCAGGAGUGUCAUCCUUGUAUCUAAAGGUUAUGAACUUCUCAAAACUUAACCUGGAAUACUUUUAGUAGAUGAAUUAUAUGCUUGAGUUGUCAGAUUUUUUGUUCAGUACUUAGCCUUGCUCAUAAGAAUUUUUAAAUGAGACAAGGUGACUAAUAAAGCAACAACACUAGUAAUGUAAAAUAAUGUAUAAAAAUUUACUUUA